AGACUGCUAAGCUCAGCAAGUCUUGCAGCAGAGACACUUCGAAGCGGAGUUGGGGCAGAGGCGGAGCAAGGAGGGGACCCGGUCCCGCGGAGACAGAUGCAUCCCGGUUAGAGUGCCGCGACCGCCGCAUUUCCCCAGCCGAGCCCCCCGCCCAUCGGGAGGCUCCUUCCUCCCCAGCUCCCUUGGGGCUGCACCCCGGUCUUGGUCUGCAAAGAGUACUCAUCCAUCCCUGAGAGAUCCAGGAAAUUCAGUGGGUGGUGCUAUCAACUGAGCUACCAUGCGGAAUAUCUUCAAAAGGAACCAGGAGCCCAUUGUGGCUCCUGCCGCCACCACGGCCACCAUGCCGGUGGCUCCUGCAGGGCCUCCGGAUAACUCCACGAAGAGUGGGGGUGCAGGACCAACUGGAGAGAACUUGUUUACCCAAAUGCAGGAAAAAUUCUUCAAUGAGAUCCAGAAGAUCCCCUUACCUCCAUGGGCACUGAUCGCCAUUGCUGUGGUGGCCGGUCUCCUCCUCCUCACCUGCUGCUUCUGCAUCUGCAAGAAGUGCUGCUGUAAGAAGAAAAAGAACAAGAAGGAGAAGGGUAAAGGCAUGAAGAAUGCCAUGAACAUGAAGGACAUGAAAGGAGGUCAGGAUGAUGAUGAUGCAGAGACAGGACUGACAGAAGGAGAAGGUGAAGGAGAAGAAGAGAAAGAACCUGAAAACUUGGGAAAACUGCAGUUUUCAUUGGACUAUGAUUUCCAGGCUAAUCAGUUGACCGUGGGCGUUCUUCAGGCAGCUGAGCUUCCUGCUCUGGACAUGGGAGGCACCUCAGACCCCUAUGUCAAAGUCUUCCUCCUCCCAGACAAGAAGAAGAAAUAUGAAACCAAGGUCCAUAGGAAGACACUGAAUCCUGCUUUCAAUGAGACUUUUACCUUCAAGGUGCCCUACCAGGAGCUGGGGGGAAAGACACUGGUGAUGGCCAUCUAUGACUUUGACCGCUUCUCCAAACACGACAUCAUCGGGGAGGUGAAGGUGCCCAUGAACACUGUGGACUUGGGCCAGCCCAUUGAGGAAUGGAGAGACCUACAAGGUGGAGAGAAAGAAGAGCCAGAAAAGCUGGGAGACAUCUGUACUUCCCUCCGGUACGUGCCCACUGCGGGGAAAUUGACUGUCUGUAUUCUGGAAGCCAAGAAUCUGAAGAAGAUGGAUGUAGGAGGCCUUUCAGAUCCCUAUGUGAAGAUUCACUUGAUGCAGAAUGGUAAGAGGCUGAAGAAGAAGAAGACCACAGUGAAGAAGAAGACCCUGAACCCCUACUUCAAUGAAUCCUUCAGCUUUGAGAUACCCUUCGAGCAGAUCCAGAAAGUCCAGGUUGUGGUCACAGUGCUGGACUAUGACAAACUGGGUAAGAACGAAGCCAUCGGCAAGAUCUUCGUGGGCUGCAAUGCCACAGGCACGGAGCUCCGGCACUGGUCCGACAUGCUGGCCAAUCCCCGGAGGCCGAUCGCCCAGUGGCACUCUCUCAAACCCGAGGAGGAGGUGGACGCCCUCCUGGGCAAGAACAAAUAGGUGGCCUCUGAGCCUGGGUUCACCUUAUGAACACUGACAAGACCCAGAGCUCUCAAUACCUCAGUUAUGCAACUUUAGCGUGUUCUUUUGGUUGUCACCAUCUCCUUUCUUUCCCUUUUUUCUUUCUCUCCUUUUUUAAAGACUAAUUUCCCUCUGUUGGCUGUGUAAGGAGAGUCCCCAAAUAGGUGAAAGAGAAGGCUGGCUCUUUUCAUUCUUCCUCAUAGCUGCCCCGUGCUGCAUGCCUUCUCUGUUCUCCUCCCUGCUUUUUCAAGGCCUCACUCAAACUCCAUCUCUGGGGCCUCUUUGUGGUGGACCCACAAAAGAUGGCACUUCCUAUUUCAUGAAUGUUUGGGACCAACAAAAUGGUGGCACUUCCUGUUUCUUAAAUGUUCUGGACCAACACAAUGGUAAAACAUCCAAUUUCUUGGAUGUUGACUUAAGGAGAAGGUCCUGGGACGGCAACGUGCCAGCUGAAUCCUGUGAUAGCCCAGGUAUAUCUCUGUUUGUAUGAGGAGCUCAGCUUUGGAACUAUGAGUGGAUUAAGUGAAUGACCUUGAGCUUCUCCAUUUAUUUCGGGAACAUGAAAAGGUGUGGAGAGCGAAGAUCCUUCAGGGACAUGGAAACUCAGAAAGGAAAAGCCCAGGAUCCCAGAGUGUUUUGAUUUACCUGUAGCUUGAAUAUCAGAAAUCCAAAUAUUCAAUAUGGGUAGGGUUUUUUUUGGGGGGAAAUGACAAGUUUUGAAGAUUGAAUUUGGCCAGAGCCUGGACCAAACCCCCUCUUGCCACCAUGGACCUUUGCCAGCUAUUCUCUUCCAAAAAGCAGCCUCUUGAGUAGUCAUGCAAGUAACCUGCUCUGUGAAACUUGCCUUGGCUUGGUGUGGUACCACCAAUGUGGGGAACUCAUUUUGUCAGCAGCAAGAGACAGAGGCUCUGUUUCCCAGAAAGAUUAAAAAAAAGACAAAGCCUAUAACUCUCUAUUCCUCAGAAGAGAAGGCAAAUAUUGGUCCUCUUCUGGAAAAGGCAUAUGGUUUGAAUUGUGUCUAUUUCCCAUCAUGUUAAAAUCAUCAGUUAAAAAUGACAUGACUUUGGUGGGGAGAUUUGUAAUUGGUGCAGAGCCAGAGAACUUUAGCAAAAAAAAAAAAAAGUUAUAAUUAUCAUGGGUCCCAAGAAUUGGAGAUGGAUGAGGAGAUAGUUGGUGACACUUUUGGUUUGAGUAGCAAAGACAUUCCCUGGUGAGAGAUAAAAGCCAGCAUUGGGAUUUUUUUCUCCAGUUCCUUAAGUUAUUUUCCCUAUCCCUCAUUUCUGUGCCGGGGGAAAGAGAGGUUAUGUCCAUUUAGAGGGACUGCAUAGAGACUUCCAGGGGAAUCCCCUGACUUAGCAUUCUACAGGGAGGCUUCUCUGGAUUCCCAGAAGCAUAGAGCAUUCAUUCCAAAUGGCCACUGGAAGCCAGGAGAGGGAAUUGCCCUAUUGCCUAGCCCUGGCCCUGCUCUCAUCAACCUCUUAUCCACAGCAUUGAUAAAAGCCAUAUAUUUGUUAGCCAAGGUUGCACUGAGUCCCCUUCUAAUUCCUCCAACCCCUUUUCCACACUGGGCAAGGGUGAGGCAAGUUUUGACAACCCUAUGAAAAUUAGUACCACCUUUCUCUCACCCACAAAAGGAAAUACAGGAACCUUAGGUACUUGUUGCCUCAUCUCCCUUCAAAUCCCAAGCCUUUUUUUUUUUUUCAAAGCAGGAGAAGCCACUGUUGGCCCAGGAAGCAUGCCCUCUGCGUAGCACAAAAUAGCAGAACUUCCUGUCUUACCUGAUCAUGGCCACGAUUAUUUUCCCCAGACUACAAAGCCAUGUGGGAGAGAACUGGAAGAAAUCCAGAUAUGGGAGUGCUGUGGGGUGAGGAAACAACAUGUCACAUCUCUAGGUUUCACUGAAGAUGGACAUAAGGUUACUUUUUGUUAAGCAAAUGAGGAGGAAUACUUCCUAGGAAGCAGGAGCCAAGUCUGCCUGCCUUAAAGAGGGCAUCCGGCUUUCUGCUAGGGUUCCCUGGUGACUAGGAGGUUAUUUUUAUACUAGAGACUAUUUUUUUUAAAUGAGGGAAGAGUUGAAUUGUAAUAAGGAUAAUGGGCUUUAGUCUUUGCUGACCAGACUUGUGAUCAUGGUGGUGGGAGGAUUAGGGCUCUUUAGAGUGGGACAGUUUGGUUUGAUGGGAAAGACAUGAGAUUCUUCCCCUUCUAUAAAGAGGCGUUUGAAGUUUUAGUGUUUUCUAAACAUCUCUUUCCUUUCCUCCCACUACUGCCAUCUCUCUAUCUUUCCCCAAAUCUAAGCCCGUGGAUCACCUCUUCCUUUGGCUUUCAGUUUUUCUUUUUUUCCCAUCUCCUCCUCCUAUCUGAACUUUCUCUUUUCACUGAGGAAUCUAAUCUCUUUAAAGUAUUUUCCAUUCCUUCCCCUCCCCUUCUUCAUCCACCAAUUACCAUAGUGCCGCAGCAUAGGAAGCCUAGAGAAAAGAAGCAUGUUGUCCAUUUGGGGCAUCCACCUGCCCAGGCCAGACAACUAGCUAGAGACCUCGGAGUCCUUUCCCUCCUCUUAGUGGAUCUCAAGGGUUGGAUGAGAAUCAAGCGAUUUUGAAUCUUGACCCCAAGUCAAACCUGAUCCUGUGAAACAGAAGGAAUGAGCAGUCGGGUCUUCAGGUUCCUGCAGUGCCAGGGAGAAUCCUCAAGUGGGGAGGGAAGGGCUGUAAUUUUCUCCUGCUGGACAAGGUAACCAAGCAGAUUGAUCUGUUGCUUGGGUUUUGGAGGGAAUAGAAGCAGAUGUGAAAGCUGGUGGACUUCCCGGUAGAGAGGACUACCGUUCUCUCGGGCUAUAGUGCACCAUUCAAAACCUUCACUUCCAUUUUGAUCUGAUUCUGGGGAUUCUCAGGAUAUUGUAUGUGACUGGUGUUGAGUUCAUAGCUAGAGGAAGGCUCUGGGAACCCAAUGGGACCUCUAAGUGUUCAUAGCCAGCCCAGGUUUGAGAGAUAGUUGAAGCUCCUAUUCCUUCUGCCUCAUAGGAACUUCAGUAAACCUGACCAUCCCCCCUGUUUCAUUAUUCUCAAAGCCUACUUUCCCCCCAAUUCCGUGGGGAACCCUUAAAUUCCUACCCUAGCCCAAAAACCCACUAUUCUAAUCAUAAAAGUAAUGAACUAAUUACUUAUUCAGUCUAGAACUGUGGAAGUCUGGGGGCAUGAAACAAAUCUAGCCAGACCCAGACGAGGGGGACUUUGGGCUUAGGAUGGGGUUCCAUACUGCUCUUCCUCCCCCACUCAAUAAGGAGAGAUGGAAAUAAUUCUAGACCCCAUACUAUCCUUCCUUAGGAGGUUAGGGGGUGGAGAGAGAUGGAUAGUUUGACUUUUGCAAAGUUCAUUUCGUGCAGAAACUCUGAGGGAAGAGAGUUGGAUAACAUAGUUGCCUUAUGAUUUCCUGAAAGAGUUACUUUGCCUCUGCUGAGUGAGGAAUAGAUUUCUUAACAUUGUAUUCUUAGGGUUGUGGGAGUAGGGAGGAGAGUUAGCUAUCUGGGGGAAGGAAGAGAUUUCUACAACUCAUUCAGAUCCUUAAAACAGUUCAUGGUCUGUAAAUAGCCCAGGCUCAACCCAUUCUUGUAGUGAAUUCUGUUCCCUUUUACCAAAGGUUCCCAUGUUUGAGCCCAGAAACAACCCUCUGCAGUUCAACCUUUCUCAGUCCUUAGAUGGAUUGUUGCCCCAUCGAUCGGCUAGGUUUUGUGGGUCCUGUCCUUGGAACACCGGGCAGGCUGGGAGAGAAGGUGAAAGCACUUUGUCCCAAAUGAGGUCCUGUAGAAGAGUCCUGGGUGUCUGGCUCUGUUGGGAGGGGGUGGCAAGGUGCCCCAUUGUUACCUUUCUCUCUCCGCUUUCUCCACCACUCUUCCAGGGAGGGCCAGAGACUGAACACUAAGGAUUUCACUUAAAGUGGUUUUCAAACUGCAAUAUUGAGAGGGGGACACUGUGAAUUGAAGACAUACAAAUAUAAUUCAUUUUUUUAAGGGACAAAAAAAAAUUUGAACCAACUGAAGCCAUUUGAGCCUCAUCUGAUGCCCUUUCUGUUUGUGUUUAGUAAUAUAUAUAUAUAUAAGAAGAUUAUAUAUAUGAUAUACAUAUGAACAAGACAUUUAAUUAAGGUGCAUGUUAAUAAGCCUUCUGUAAAUAGCCGCAUGAUAAUGAUGAGAUUCUCUCCCCACUGAUACACAGCCCAUUUUACAGAACCCAUCAAGGCUACAACUCCAUUUUUUUAUGUGGUAUGAAUGAGUUCUGUCUUCCCAACCUUAAAAGAGAAAAUCUUCCAUUUGCUGGUUAUCAUGUGACUGAGUACUCCUCUGAUGGGGAGCUGGCCUUUUGCGCAUGCAGUCCAUCUAAGCAGUAAGAAAAUCAGAACCAAUCUUUCUUCUUACCCCUUGCCCUGCCUUCUCCUCCCCUCCCAAUCUCUUGUCUGUCUUUGUUGGGUUUUGUAGAACUAAAUGUAUCUUUGUUGCACUGUACCCUAAUCUGAUAUUUAGUGUAAAUGUGGCUUCUGUGUUCCAUGUAUGAUGUACCUAUCCCUCCUGAUGUCUGAACUAACUGAUAAGCCAUAAUAGGGCCGGCCUGUCAGACACCUGCCCUCUACUCCUAAAUGUCCCUUCCAGUGGGUUUCCUAAAACUACUUGUGAAGGGUUCACCUACUGUCCUUCAUCCCCUUUCCCACAUUUAACUUCCUCAAAUGAAGUCUUCAUAACUUUCCUUUGGGUCCUCAAAAAAUGAUCUCUGGAUAGCUCCAGCAUAUUUGGUUCUGUCCCUUCUUUGACUCUGAAUCUCCGUCCUUUUUGGGAACAAGAUCAGCUCUUCAGGGGUAGCAAGCCAGGGUUAUUGCCCUACUUGCCUCAGUUUCCCUGUCUGUAAAAUGUUACAUGUAUGAAAAUCCCUUCUUUGUUGACCUUAGUAUGAGGAUUGGAUGGAGUGAUGGAUGAGGAAACACUUGGUAAAAUAUUGCAAAAAACACUGUUCAAAAGGCAGUUGGGAUUCUUUAUUUUUGUUCUGCUAAUCAGGUAGGCCUGGUUUGGAGUGGAUUGGGGACAGGAGUCAGAAUUGGGGGAUGGUAGAUUAGAUUGUGAGAGGCUUAGAAAGAAGGGACAUGGAGAGUAAUGAGUACAAGUGAUUUCAAACUAUCCUUUGGUUAAUUUAAGUCCCUAAUAUUGAAAUUUCCAUCCUGGAGAUGAUGCAGGUGCUGGUAGUCCAUUAAAUUAGGAGAAGGAGAGAUAGAAGGAAGCCCCUGGAUGUCCUGUUUGGAAAGAUCAUGGUGGAAUGGAUGGGCUACUAAGAGUUUGGCAAAUUUAUCCUAUAGGAGCCACUAUUAGAGCUAAGCAGUGACCACAAGGGUCUCUAGCAGGAUCAAGACAUGACAAAUUAUUGCAUAGGAGUGAUUGAGAUCCAAAGAGAGGCUUGGAUGUCCCAAGUUAAGAGACCUUCCUUUUCUGAUUAGUACAUACGCUUUCAUCCAGCCCACCUCUUACUGGUAGGAAGAGCAAGAGCUAACAUUGGAACAAGGUAGGUAGUAUUCCUUUAAAAACUGAAGAUCCUAAUGCCAUAGAAGAGCUACCAGGAUAUGACCCAAGUGUGGGCUGGGGCAGGAACUGGAGAGACAGUUAUUACCGAACAUUCUGGGGAUGGGCACCUCAAUCCUGAGAUGUGGGGGUUGGGGCAGAGGCCAUGAGGGGAUAAAGAGAGGUAGUGAGAGCAGAGAAAGAGGAAGGGAGGAAAACCUGAACCCUCUCUAGCCCAACUUGGGUGGAUGGGAAGAACUUUCCCACUUUUCAAAUCCAGAGCUGAGAGGAAAUGGAAAUAGUAAGCUCAUAGAAAAGGCUGGGGUGAAAGGAGAGGUGAGCGAUCUGGAGAAAAGGUGAGCAUCUCCAUCCAAUCUUCCUUGAAAGUUAGGGCUCUGGAGUCCCUAGAAACUGUUCCUUACAGCAAUCUGAACUGCUAUCCUACUCCCAUCCAAGAAACUGACUUGCUUCUUCCUGAAUAUCCUGAGAUCUAUAGAACCAGAGCUGGGGUGGACCCAAGGAUACCUCAUUGCUCACCCCUACCCCAGCUGGUCACUGGAUAUCAUCCUCAUCAGAUAUCUCCCCAAUCUUGUCUCCCAUGAAAGAUAAAUGCACAGAUGCUGCCCCUUAACCUAUCAGGUCCCAGGCCCCUCUCUUUCUCCCCUUUUCUCAAGCUUGGCAAUGUCCCCCUCCCCUAGUGUGGAUUCUUGUUUUUGUCUGAUUUCUUGUCAAAUUGUUAUUUUGUAAAGAGCUGCGUCUCCUUAUUAAAGAAAUGAGCUGAAAGAA